GUGGUCUGUUCGCCUGAUGGGUGGUAUCUAUGAAUCUGAAGGCCGUGUUGAAGUCUUCUAUGACAACCAAUGGGGUUCUAUAUGUGACAGCCUGUGGAGCAUCGAGGAUGCGACUGUUGUCUGUCGGCAGCUGAAUUACAGUGGAGCAGACCUAGCAUUGGUAGCGGGUCAGUACGGCGAAGGUCAAGGUGUCGUCCUGUUUAGUAACAUGGAAUGUAAUGGAACGGAGGGCAAUCUUUCAACUUGUAAAUAUGAUCUUGUGGAUGUUACAAAUUGCGACCAUUUGAGAGAUGCUGGUGUCGUGUGCACGAGUCAGGGAAGUCUUCGCCUAGCCGGUGGGUCUGUACCUGGCGAGGGUCGUGUUGAGAUUCUGGGAGAAUCUGGAGACUGGGGUACAAUAUGUGACGAUGGAUGGGAUAAGACCGAUGCAGGAGUAGCAUGUAGACAGCUAGGAUACCCAGAUGCUUUAGAAGCCCUAGUCAACGUAGGUUAUCCCAACACACAGCCAGUCUUUGGUUCGGGAUCUGGUCCUAUUCUUCUCGAUGGACUCGAUUGUGAAAGUGAAAAGCGACAUUUAAGAGACUGUCUUGUAACAAAAGAAUGGGGAAUUCACGACUGUACUCAUGGCGAGGAUGCAGGAAUAACAUGCGACAUGGGACGUAAGUUCCUCCUAAAUUAAAACAUCGUCUAGUUCUAUUUUCAAGAUUAAAAUCAUAUGAAAAAUGAAGUUGCAGAUCCUGUCUAUUUCAUUUAAUUUACAGAGAAAGUAAAAUCUCCUUUCAAUUUCUUUGAAUCAUUGAUCAAUUUUGCCAAAUUUAUAGUA